AUGCCUAGGGUCCUCAGCUACACUCCCGCGUGGCUCUCGCGCGGCGCGCCGGGCUUCGAUAUCUUCGAUCAGAGCUCCUCCAGGAGCAAAUCUCCGCGCAAGUUCACCAACGGCACAAACAAACUGCAGAAGCCUGGACCCAAACGGACCAUCGCGCAUCGCGGCAAUGAGAUAUUCGUGGUGGUAGGCAACGAGAUUCGCUGGGCGAAUCUACUGCACCUGCGGGAACGCGGUCUGCCUAAGGACAGGCGCGAUUUCGGCCGCAGCUGGAGAAGCGCUCGGGGAGACCGUGAGCCAUCUGCAGACGUGGAGGAGGGCCAAGCCUACAGGAUUCUGAAAACGAAUGUCUCCGGGGAAAUCACCGAGCUCUCUAUCUCGCCGAAUGAGGAUUACAUGGCCAUUUGCACCUCGCACACCAUCCACAUUGCUCUACUUCCCGAUCCAGCUCACCUUUCCACCGACGAUACUGGUCCAAUCAAACUCAAGACAUUCCAACUCGGUCCCACGGCCCAUGUUCUGGAUCAGGCUCCCUUGGCGUCCGCGCUGUGGCAUCCGCUUGGAAGGCACGGCCGUUGCUUGGUGACUGUGACGGCCGACGCCAAUGUACGCCUUUGGGAAUUCAACAGGGAGAACCGGGUGUCAUUCAGUGAGCCAGAGCUGGCAAUUGACCUCAAGAAGCUGGCCAGUGGUGUGGACUCGAUGGAGGAUUUUAGGGCUUCCCGAAUCGGCGACAAGACCGGAUUCACCCCGGACUCGUUUGAGAUGGCUGUCGCUGCUGCUACCUUUGGCACGAGUGGAAAGAAGGGAGAACGUGGAUGGGGUCCCUUGACGCUUUGGGUUGCCAUGAAGAACGGAGACAUCUAUGCGCUUUGUCCUCUCCUCCCUAAGAAGUGGCAGUACACAACGCAGCACGCGGCUCCGCAAUACCUGCGUAGCCUGGCCUUGCCCAUUCAGGCCCGUAUUGAGACACUGGGCACAUCCGAAGACGAGGAAUUCGAGCAGCAGACCCUCGAUCAGCAGGCCGAGUGGUUUGAGGGCAUCAGGUAUGAACUUGAGGAUGACCCGAAGACUGGCGAAGUUGUUGAAGUCUAUUCUCGUCCUAUCGCUCCCGGGCCCAUCCCAAGGCUUCAAGGUCCUUUUAUUCCUGAUCCAGACCUCGACAUUGAUCAUGAACUUACGGAUAUCAUCGUCAUCACUCCCGGCGACGGUUACUUGGAUGAGCCGGAGCAAAUUGAUACUGAUGGCGACCGGGAGGAUCCAAACGUCACUGUCAUUGGUGUUGUCACCAGCCAGGGAAAGAUGCACAUUUUCAUUGACUUUGACGGGGCCACGACCAUCAUCCCGAAUUACGACUGUCCGCCACUGAUUUUCUUCGAGACGGUUGAAUUUCAGACGUCGGAAGACGGAGAGCCGUCUUGCAGCCCCAUUUUCACUGGGGAUGCUAAGGGUGGUUCGUCCUUGUUUAUCUCAACCGAGACGGGCGUUUAUUAUGUGAGCAUGACGGCUUGGUUCCGACCUUUGCAAGAUGAGCUCAGCAACCCUGAGUCAGAAGGGUCUGGCAUGAGGAUCGACGCAAUCAUGAGGGGCUCUGGAAGCCUUCUGGAGAGCAUCAUUCAAUAUCGUCAGGAUCAGCAUGGCGAUCUUUUGCAGUCCACCUCAGCCGCCAUCGCGAUCUCCAACUCGGAGUUGGGGUACUUUCUGCUCACGUCUGAAGGAUCUCAGCCACACUCUGCGGUACUCGACUCACCUGAGUCCGACUACUAUGGGGACGGCUAUGGGCUGAUCCCGUAUGGCGACUACGAGGCGGAGCGCUUCAACAUCCCGGAGCCCUGGCCGGCCUAUCAACCCCCGCAGUCGCUGUUCGACUACCAAUCACAGCUACCCAAGAUGCUUGAAGCAGUUCCCGAACGCCACAAGUUCAUGCUUAAGCAAGAAAUUCGCCUCUCGACCGCCACGCUGGAUGUUCUGACUAAGGCUCAUCGCGUCCUUGUCAAAGAGACCCAGCAGUUGGGUCAGGCGGCGUCCAGCCUGUACACGCGUUGCCAACGCCUCCAGGAUGAGCUAAGAGAUCAGAUCCGCAAGGCAAAUGACGUCGCCCAGCAGAUUGAAGGUGUCACAGGUGACGACGAGGAGUUCCCACAGGAGGGCGAAGACAAACAGAUCGGCAGCGCCAAGGUGGACAGCAGGAUCGAAAAGGUCAAGGCGAGGCAGAAGGAACUGCUCGAACGCACGGAGCGGCUCCGCAAUAAGCUGAACAAGGCCGGCACUAGGGAGCUCAGCGACAAGGAGAGGGCUUGGUUCGCUGAGGUCGACAAGAUGAAGCAGGCCAUCAUCAAUGGCAGCGGGGCGGAGCGCAACGGGGCUGACGAAGACGAAGUGGAGCCAACGCCAGUGAGGCGCUUGCAGCAGGUCAAGCAGCUCAAGGACGAUCUGAUCCAGCAAGCAAGCGAGCUGCAGGACACGGUGGCGGAGGAACAGGCCCGCACCGGGGUCCAGGUACCAAGCGAGUUCCGCAAGGUCAAGGUGAAGCAGAUCAUGGAACUGCUGGAACGCGAGACGGCGAUGGUGGAGGCGGCUACGAAGAAGUUGCGCAAGUUGACGGUUGGCGCGACCGGAUAUUAA